AUGGCUUCCCACCGCAUCGGCGCGCGCGUCGCGGGCCUCUCGCCAGCGCAGCUGUGCGCCAUCAUCGAGGCGCAGGCGGGCGCGAGCGACGCCGCGCUGCGCGUGGCGGAGGAGCACGCCGCACGGCUCGUGGAGCAGCCCGAGUCGGUCCUCUCCGUCCUCCUCUCGCCGGACCUCGCCCCGCACAUCCUCGCCCAGCUGCCGACCAAGGAGCACGCCGUCAAGGGGACGCCGGGGUUUUAG